UCUUUUUGAUAGGUCACGUGACAGGGAAGCAUAGAAACGGGAGGAAAAAAUGGAAAGGCGAUGAAGAACUAGAAAUAAAACAAUCUACGGAAGGAAAACCCUCGAAGAGCACAUCCGCAGGUACUCGCUUUGUUCUCCUGAGACGUUGGAAGUACUGUUAUGAACUCUGGGGAUGCUUCUUUUUCUACUAAAGGAAGCGUUAAAUUCUAGCUAGUUGGCACGGAGGAGUGAGGCUGGCUUUUCGCAAAAGGGGUUAAUAAAAGUUUAUUGCGUGUUUUCUCGCAUGAAUAAAUGUGUCGAGUUGUCAGGAAUAGGUUUCUGCUAAAGUGCUGAUGCGUCAAAAGCUUGUGACCCAACAGCAGAGGGCUGAAUCAUCUCCCCCCUCCUUAGCUCUAGAGGUGCAACAAAAAAAAAACCAACCCAUCCAGUCAUUUAAACCGCCUGUUUUGGUCAGACUGCAUCCUGAUUCAGUCCUCUGCUCUGCGCCUCAGGAGACGGGAUGAAAGGUGGAGAAUCGAUGCCAGAUGUGACUGGAUCAGCGGGUGGAUGUCAUCUGGACAUGAGACAAACACGCGAUUGAAGGUUCUGUAGGGCGUAGAAGAUGAAGCUAAACGAACGCAGCGUGGCGCACUACGCCACCUGUGACUCGCCACCAGACAAGACGGGCUUUCUGUUCAAAAAGGGCGAGCGCAACACGGCAUAUCACCGCCGCUGGUUCGUUCUCAAGGGCAACAUGCUCUUCUACUUUGAAGAGCGAGACAGCAGAGAGCCGAUCGGUGUGAUCGUACUGGAGGGCUGCACCGUGGAGCUGUGCGAGUCCGUGGAGGAGUUCGCCUUCGCCAUCAAGUUCGACUGCGCCAAGGCGAGGGUGUACAAGCUGGCUGCAGAGAACCAGGUCGCCAUGGAGUCAUGGGUGAAAGCUCUGUCUAGGGCCAGCUUUGACUACAUGAGGCUGGUGGUGAAGGAGCUGGAGAGGCAGCUGGAGGAGAUUCAGGAUGCUUCAGGAGCUGGAGGCCAGCAGGGCAGGCCGAAGCCUUCCCGGCGGAAUCAGAUGGCACGAUCCAAAUCUGCCGCAUCCUCCUCUUCGUCGUCUUCAUCUUCCCUUUCUACGUCAUCUAGCGCUCCUUCCAUGUCAGCUGUUUACUCUGCUCAGAAGAGUCUUCAGGAUGAGGUGCAGCUCAUCCCUGGGAAUUCUAGGGAGAAUGGAGUGGCAUGGAGCAAGCCUCCAUCUGCCUCGGCUAACGGAUCUGGGGAGGCGGCGCCGUCCUGCGUGACCUGGGAUGGCAGCACGGACUCUGGGAUCGUCACAGGAUGUGGGGCAGAUGGUGGGAGAGCUCCACCAGUCCCCCCGCGGAGGUUGGGUGCGUCACUUGAGAGCCCGGUCUCUCCCGACACCGGCUGCUUCUCCAAACUCCACGACUGGUACGGCAGGGAGGUGGAGGAGCUGAGAGUGCAGUGGCUGCAGAGCCAGUGAACCGUUCAGUCACUCCCUUUAGACCCGAUGUUCUUCCUAAGCUUUCCAGACAGAACAGAAUGAAACAGUUUGAUGUAGCUGGAAAAACACAGUCUUAUUGUUUCUACAGAAGCAAAACUUUAUUGACUGUCUUCCAUUCUUCUCUGGCAUGAAAUAAUAAUACAAUAAUGUGUAUGUAAUUUUUUUUUUUCAAAUAUCAAACACUUUGUGUUCUGCACUUAAAAACCUCAAAAUUAGCUUCUUUUUUUUUUUUUACCACAGUUAUCACCCAAAAAGUAUAUAUAAAAACACACUACAAAGUAUGCACAGAUUUCCAAAUGCAGACAGUUUUCUACAGCAGUUUCUGCAGAUCAUUUUCAUGCAGUUUUUUUAUUUCCUUCUUUCUUUUAAGUUUUAUAUUAUUGUAAAAAAAAGUCGAUGCAUUCUUAAAAGUAAGAAGUAAACACUAGAAUCAAUGCAAUAACUUCCUGAGUGUUAUAAAGCAUAAACUUGAUCACGUUACAACCAACGACUUCAAAUAUUUUACUGGUUGGAUCUGUGUUAAGGCAACACAAGGCAUUGCACCACUGAAAAGGAUAUUUGAUUUUGAGUUUAUAAUUUAAAAAUAACAAUCUUAGAAGUAUUGCAUGCAUAUUUAUUAAACCCUUCAUAGUCAGCUUUCCCAUUCUGCGUUUACAGCUCCAAGACAUUUUUAGGUACAUCUGCCGGUUUUGCACAUCUGGAAACGGAAAUAGUUUCCUAUUUUUCUGUUGCAAAGAUUGGUUUUUGCCAAUCAUGGUAACAAAUGGCAGUAGACGGCAUGAGGAAUGACAACAACUUAGGCUUUUAUGUUCUUGAGGUUCCUCUAUCAAAGAUGAAUGCAUGGAUUCUGAUGUAAUAGUUGAAGCUGCAGCUACUAUAUGUCCUGCCUUAAUCCAUAAUACUACAACUCAAUUGGCUGACCUGUUUCAGGACAGUCUGGAAGGGUCGACCCAGGAGAACACAGAUUCUCUAUUGUGUUUGUCAAUGCAUAAGAAUUCAACUUGCAGGAUAGGUUAUUGGAGAGUAGAUUCUUUUCUGGACUUUGAAUAGGCCAUUUGAACCUAUGAUUGUGCUUUGAUCUAAAACAUUCCUUUUUUUACUCCUUGCUGAAUGGAAAAGAAAACCUUCCUCACAGUCGUUUUUUUAAACACUAUGUUUUGUAAAAUCCUUGGUCAAAGUUAUUAGUAGCCUCUUUUGGGGGGUCUAGAGCGCAACAUGAGAUCUUAAAGACAUGAUCCAGACCCACAUUUAGGUUAACCUCCAUUUAGGGCUGCUCAGUGUCAUGCUAUUGCUGAAUCAAUCAACUUACAUUGUGUGAUUCUUUUAGCUUUUUAUUUUUACUUCUGUCUCUGUCGCUCUCUUAGGACUUUACUCUUUACCCACUUUAAACAUAUGAGCAUUCAAAGCAGACAAAGUCUAUUUUUGAUCAAUCCUCUGAGGCCUUUGCAGAACAGCUGGAUGUAUACAGAAAUUAAAUAAUGCACAGAUAAAGUCUUAUUUACUAAUUAGGUGACAUGUGGUAGGCUAGUGUUACUGGAUAUUAUUUUAAGAGGGGGAAAAACCAUGUACCUUUCAGAUUUGUUUUGGGAGUUUUUACAUUCCUAAAAUACGCUUAAGUUUUAUCUUUAAAUGAGACAAAGUAUGUAUGGAAAGUAUUACACACACGCUCUUAGCCGUACAUUUCCACCGACUUGUGCCAACUAAAACCAGGAUCCCAUCGCUGCUGUAAAAUAAUCAAUCCCAAGAUUCUUCUGGGUUUUGCAGCUGCUAACAUGAGAGCAUCUUUGCUGCGGCUCCAUGUGGGGAGAUGGAUGUCCUGCUCAAAGCGAGAGAACCCCUUUUAUUUUUAGUCCCUGUUAUCCAGCGGCCAGAUGAUGCUGUGUCAUAAGAGUACUUGUCACUUAUUCCCCUUCGAGUCUCUCGCUCCAUUGGGGGAAAAAAAGAGGCUGUUUAUCCAUGGAGUUUAUUGGUCUAAGUUCCGGAUUCUGUGCAGUCCAGUCUGCAGUUGUCUUAUUUACCUUGAAUGUUACUGAUUAGAGGUCAGUUACUUUUCUUUAGUGUAGAUAUUUAGUGUUAAAAAUGAACGACAACACUCCUCAAUACAGGCCUUUUGAUUUGAUUAUUUUUUUAUCUGUUGCAGAGUUGAUUGAUCUUUUCUUUUUCAUGUGCCUUAAGUUUUAUGGGAACUUUUCAUCUGCAUGAUUUGACCUCUUACUGCCUUAUGUUAUUUUUUUCUUUCCUGCCAAAGGCUCGUCUUAGUGCAAUCACUUUUUGAUAAUGACUCGUUACUCUAGUCUGGAUCAGUGCAUAACACUAUCAUCAUUCCUGUUCUAUGCUGCGCAGAAACGACUGAACAUGUGCUACAGUGGGUUUUUUUCUUUUUUAAAUGCCAGUACCUACAAAACUUUCAAUAUGCUAUCUAAAGUUCCACGUGCAUUAUUAUUAUUACAUUAUUUACUGACAUCUAUGUAAUCAUGAAUUAAAGAAAUACAUCAAUGUUUUGUAUUAAGUAUGCAAUAAUUGAAUUUUUUUUUCUAAGUGCCAAAUAGCAUUUUCCAAUGUUGCAUUAUUCAAUGAAACAUAAUUUUUUAAGAACAGCACAAUGUUACACAACUAUGUCCCCAAACUUUGUUUUAUGUUGUAGUCCUUUUUAAUAAAGUUUUUUUUUUA